AUUCUUGAAUUGCAGAAAGACCCCCAAAAAAUCUUCAAAUUUGGGUAUUGUGCACUAAUCAAUCCGUUAACGAUAAGGCAGCGACAGAACGAACACCAAAAAGCUAAUCAAGAAAUAGAAUUAACAACUAGAAAAAGAAAGCCCAGAAAAUGGCUUGCUGUUUAUCAACAGGAACAACAAUGGCGUUUUAUAGAGGCAGUAAUUUUAGUGGCCCAUCAGCUUCACUUUCUCUCCUCACUGGUUCAAGAACAGGAGCCCUCAGAUUGAAAGCGAAGGCCGUAAAUUCUUCCGGGAUGCUUCUUCACUGCUCCUUCACCCAGGCUUCUUCUUGCCUUUCUCUCUCUUCCAGUUCUUCAUUUUCUGGGUCAUCAUUGAAUUUGGACUUGAAUUCGAGCAGUGGAGCAAGAGUUAACAAAAGGCAUGGCCUAGUAGUGAAUGCGAAGAAAUAUGCUCUUUGUCAAACUAAGAGGAACAGGUCAAGGAAGUCACUUGCUCGGACACAUGGCUUCAGGAAGCGUAUGAGUACCACCAGUGGACGAGCAGUAAUCCAGCGCCGACGUGCCAAGGGACGAUGGGUCCUUUGCCCAAAAACCAACCAUAGCAGCGGCAAACGUGUUUAAUCCUUCAUUGUUUUAGCUCGUGUGAUUGAUUUAUAUAGGUAAUGCUAUGGUCUGAGUACGUGCAUUGUGUUGUCUCAGUUGUUUCUUUCGUUCUUCUUCUUUUUUCGAGGGUAAUUUUAUCAUUUUGUUGAAAAAAUUAUUGGCAACUUAUUUCCAAAAAUUUCUCAUAUCUGCGUCAUUGCAUGCUGGGUUUAUGAUUACAUGGAUAAUCUAGGAUACAACGUUUAUGUUCAGUACGAGAAGAAACUGUUCAGAAUGUGGUUUUUCUUACGAGUCCGGAUGCAAUAUUACAUUGAUGAUUUGGUUCUGCA